AUGUCCACCUUAGGCAAAUUUCUUGAUGAUUGCAAAGCCGCCAUUAUCGAAGCCUAUGAUCCUAACAUCAAGGGCACGAGUCGGGACGACACACUUGCUGCUUCUGACGUGGUCAGCGGCAAAAAAGUCUAUAGGAGCGACGUAGGCUUUGCAAGCUGUCAACAUUACCUCAGCGAUCUCAGAAAAAUUCAAGUCCUGACUAGCCCUAAGGCCAAGGAUGAAGGGCGUAAAUUCCGGAUCUACAUACCUUCGAAUGAUGAGGCGGAAAUCAAAGAGCUGUGUAUGAAUACAUUUCCGGAUCAUAAUAACGAACUAUUUGUACAGUGUGGUCAUGCAGAGUGCACGGUUGGCAAUCUCACGGGGCGAAUCACGAUUGUUCUCCGUGAUGCUAUUGAAGCGGAGAAGGCAUUUCUUGGGCUGUAG